GUGUGCCUCUCGAGUGUCUUCAGCGUUGCUUUUUGACCGCACAAUCUAUGCACAAGUCGUGGAUCUCGAGUGCAGAAGGUCAAUCUUGACAACUCGGUCCUCUUAGUACCUUCACUAUGCCUCCAUCUCGCUCUUCGCAAACCUCAUCCGUUCAUACUCGUGCCCAUGGUCUGCCGUGUCCUGAAUAUGGUGACGAUGUUUUGACGGGCUGAUAGCCCAUACUAUCUAGGUGCUUCCACGACACCGCCUCGACGACAAAGUAUCGAAGGCUCUAUGAGAACCUCAAGUCUGGAUGUGCGUUUUCUCAUGUUCCGCCUCAUACCACCCGGGAGCCACUGAGAACCAUCAGGAACCCGAGCCACCGGCGGUCACCUCAUCUUCAAGCACAGUAGAGCAGACACCUACGCGCGCCGCGCAUCCCGAAGUCCUCUAUCCCAAGCUGCCCUCCGACUGGUACGAGAACGACCGGUAUUGGGUCCUCGGGUGGGACGCCAACCAUCCACGCCUCAAAGCAUUCGUAGAGAAGAACACUCCUCCAGAGGCCGAGGAUAUCUCCUACUACAUUCGCGCCCUGGAUCUCCUUGAGUGGUGCACCCGCUUUCGCCCAAUCCAGCUCUGCACCGUCCUGCCCGAUGACGCGCCGAUCCCGCCGUUGACGGGCAAAGACGAGGUCCCGCGGAUUAUGCUCGUCUCUAUCUGCUUCACGGCCAGACUACCCCUUUACAAGAGGCGGCCGACCAAGGAGCAAUACAAAUGGCUCAAACAACUGUUCGGUUGCCGGCCACGCUGGUAUCGGGAUAGCCUUCCCAAGAAUGAGUUCCACCUACAUCUCAUCGAGUAGCGUCUCUGUAGAGACUAAUCCUGAUCGUGAUCCAUUGUAGAGGGUGUGUUUCGCGGACCUUCGACGGGUUGGACAAAAUGUAUUGUAACUCAAGUACUGACUACUCAGAGGCUGCGCAUACUGUGUAAUUACCACUUUCACUGAACGGUGAAUUAGUGGGUACCCCCGAGACGG